AUGGAAGCUGGUGUUCGUAUUAGAGGAGUCCCAAUAAGGUCCAGGGCCUCAGUUCGAAAAGAGGCUGUGCAUGACUGUGGGGCACAGUAUACAAAAAGCCUUUUCAGAAAUAAAAAGGAGUUGUGCAGUGUUGGCCUGGAGCUUCCAACCAGAGACACCACAAGGCUGACAGAGAUUCAAUUUGUGUGUCUGCCAGAACAAAGUGAGGGAGACAGUAUCACCCAGCAGGCUCUGUCAUCUCUUCCAGGUGGUCUGUGUGAGCUCCUCAGGUCUCUUCACGUUCAUAGCCUGAAGAAUGAUGAAGUUCUGUUGCUCAAAGACUCUUGCAGGCUGGCAGAGCACAGGGACACUGAGCCUCAGUGUUUGCUAAAGGCUCUGUGUGUCCUAAGGCAUAGUUCCUGCAUGAACACCUCCCCUCAAACCACUGUCACAUCUUUGAUGGGGUUGCUGGGGUGUUACGUGGCAGGAUUUCACUACCUGCUUGAGCUUCAGGCUCUUCACAGGGGCACAACUGAGCACAGCCAGGCAGAGGAAGAUGACACCAACCAAUCGGUCUCAUCAAUUGAGGAUGAUUUUGUGACAGCCCUAGAGCAUCUGGAGGAAGAAGGCACCGGAGACAGUCACUCUGCAGAUACAGUUUGCCAUUUCAAAAAGCGUGAUGUGGCAUCACAAACAAUCCCAGCGUACAAGAGAAGAAAACAACCGUCAGGCUCUCGUGUUAUUAAAAGUUCAUCUUCCAAGAAGUAUUCAGCUAAUCAGCAGUCUGGACUCAAUGCAUCUGUUAAAGUGCAGAGGUCAUCAUCAGGGGUUGAAUCCCAGUGGACUUACUGCAGUCCUGGAGCUCGUCUCUCCUCCCCUUCUAUUCGGAUCAGUGAGUCAGAAGAAUCCGAUUGCUCCAGCCCAAGCCCUGUCAUCUUUCUGGAUGAAGUAGGCUACCAGAAGAGCAUGCUGGCUAAGCUGGACAUCCCCCAGGUGCCAGGGGGACCCAGUGAGCAAGUGGAAGAUUCAGAUUCUGAAGUCAGUGAAUUCUUUGACAGCUUUGACCAAUUUGAUGACCUGGAGGAGCUGAAUUCGGAAAGCUGCACACUCACAUUGCCUUUGGACCCCAUCAGUUCCUCAACUACACAAGAAAAAUGUGCUGAGGCUAGUUCAAGCGAGUCAGCGUCUAAAUAUGUUUCCAGGGGCAGUUCAACCAAGAGUAUGAAUCCUCAUCGCUUUGACCAACCCACCCUCCCAGCCAAUGUGAAAAAACCCACUCCUCUGAAACCAGGUUCUCCUUACUCGAUCCACACUGAAGUCCCGGAAUCCACUUGGCCUGUACAAACCCCUCCUGAGGAGACUUGUGGACCUCUCUUUAGUCCUGUCAGCUCUUCUGCUUUUAGUCCACUGGUAGACUCUAGUGGACUUCCAGAAUAUUUCUGGAAAGCAGAUGAGGAUGAUCAAAACAGCUCAGAGCUACGUAAACCGCAGGACCUCUGCUCCUUGUAUAAGACCUACUCAGACUUUGCAAGCACUCUAUCCAAAGAAAUUCUGGAAUCUGUGUGUGGCUUUCAGUCCGCUGUUGACAUCAAUGACAACAAGAAUCUCAGUUGUGUCUGCCACAAGGAGUUUAAGAACCCUUCAGGGUAUCUUAUGAAACUGUCAGAUAUUCAAGAGACUGUAACAGUGGCCAAGCUGCAGAAGACGACUAAGUCUCUGAAGGACGGUAUUCAGAGGUUUGCUUCUGACCUGGUGGAAAUGAGUUUGGGCAGUGCCCUGCGAGACCUACAAAAAGGAGUAUCUUCCUGCACCACCACUUUAUGUCAUUUGGCUGCCAGACUCACGUCUUCAGUUUUUCAGAUGGCCUUCCAUGAAAUUGGCAUGCGACGUGCCUUUGUGCUGAAAGAACAAGCCAUUAAUGGGUUAGCUGGCUUCCUUGUUGGUGAGGCCAUUUCUGGGGCUCUAAAAGAAUUCCUUUCAGUAAAAAAACAGAUUUUCCACAACACAGUGACACAAUUUGCUGCCGAUCUAGCUGAGGAGCUGGUGUUUGAAGGAAUAAUGGAAGUGUGUCAGUUCUCCCAUCCCUCUACCCCUCUCACACCUAGUGAUUGGUCUUUUGGCCACAGGCUUGAGGAGGAGGAGGAAGAGGAGGAGGUAGUGUGCUCUUAUGCUUCUGACUUAUCGGAAUCUGUAAUUCAGGAAGCUUUCAUACAGCUUUCUCAGGCUGAUGUGGCCUUCACCAGUCAGGUGGCUAUUAGUGUAUCUAGAGACAACGUAUGUUAUGUUACUGCAGAGAAUACUAGCACUCGUACUUGCAAUACCGUUGCUAAUCAGCAGGUUUUAAGUGCCUGCUCUACUUCAACAGAACCAGGGUCCUCAGGAGAUGGGGCUCCCUGCACAAUGAAGAAUGCACUGUUCACUGUUUCAGGCAUAGCUAGUUGCAUUCCUGUACCCCAUGCAGGCCGUGCCCUCUCCUACCUCCAGGAUACAGAAGAGACCUGUAAUUCUAACUUCUCUAAUAGCUCAAAGACCAGUCCCAAAAGAAUAGCUGUAUUGUCAUCUGACACCAUUACAUCUUCUCACACUCCCUUUUACAGUCAUCCAACCUCUAUAUCUGGAGAUGACCCCUCCCUACAAAUAUCCUCAUUCCAAAACUUUUCUGGCAACAUGGUAGAUAUGAUUGUUUCUGAGGCUUGUGAACUUAUAACUGCCUCUAAGACGAAGAAAAGCUUUGGUGAUUGUGCUGAUUUCCUAACAAAGACUAAGGGAAAUCAAAAGGACUCAUCCUCAAAGCAGGAUACUCUAGAUUUAAUUUCAGAGCAGGGAGCAGGCCAAGAAUGUUUAAAAAACAAUAGAUGUGUAUGGCCAGAUGACACUAUUGAGCAAGCAACUGACCUUUUUAUUUCCCCAGUUUCUUUUCAGACAGGCUGUUCAUACCAGGGUAUAAUCCAGAAUGAGAUAAAGCCUAAGGGGAGAGGUGUAGUUCAAAAACAGCUGGUAACAAUGGAUACUCUUGAUGUGCCGGGUAUAGCUGUGGGUGGUCAGAACAGGAUAUCCGCUCCUACGGAUGACUUUGCUUCAAGCUCUGACCAGAAAACUAGUGGAACGCCUGGUACUCCUCCCUCCACCCCCCAGCAGCCUAAUGAAGUAUCCAAAGAGAAACAGAUAAAACAGUUCUCCAAGAAGCUAAAAAGCAAGCUGGCCAAGGAGUUUUCUCCUGCAACACCACCUCCAACCCCUCAUUAUCAGCCCGAACUAGGUCUUGGCUCAAAAGAUAUAAUUCUUGGAACAGACAAGGCUGAGUUUAUGCUCAGCCUGAUCAGGUCUCUCUCUGAGGAGGCAGAUGACACAGAGGCUGCAGAAGAGGAAGAAUCAUCUGAAAGAGGAGGUGUUUUGGGCACUAACAGAUGUUUAGAGGCAAACAGUGAAAGAUGGGAUCUCAAUCAAAUGCCCUCUCACAGGAUAUCUAAUAAGGAAGCUUUCCACUAUGCUGAGCAGCUAGCUUGUCACAUAGUCUCUAUGGCAACAGAGAUGGAUAAUCUGGGAUUGUCAGAGGACGAAGGGGAAAUGAACAAGUGCAGUGAGAGAAAAGACAGUGUGGCUCACUUCUCUGAGCAGACCCUGAACACCUUGUGGGUGUAUGCAGGUGAGGUGGCAGGAGAGGUCAUAAAUGAUGUGAAAAUGAUGGUGAGUUCAAAGCAGCGAUCUCCAUAUCACAGAGCUCGGGAGUUCAGAAGAAGAAGCUUGGACAAAUCUAGCUCUGAAUGUAGGCAUCACCACUACAGACACCAGUCUCAACCCAGUAUAGGUCAGAGCAGAGACUGGAAGUUAGGGAGGUUGGCUGAGAAGUGGUCCAAUGACCUGAUGGCCUCUAUUUCCUUGUCGCCAACCUUCUCUUCCACCACUAGCUCCAGCUCUGGUCUGUCCUCUGAGUACCCCAGCUGUGAGAGUGUGACAGAUGAAUAUGCAGGCUACCUAAUUAGAGUGCUGAAAAAGGAGGGCGGCAGUAGGGAGUUGGUCCUGGACCAGUAUGCAAGUCGUUUGGCAUACCGCUCUAUAAAACUUGGCUUAGCUCAUGCUAGCUGUAAAAUUGAGCAAAAUCGAACCUCUUCCAGCUGCCUUCACUCCUCAGACUCGGUGGAUUUUCGAUCAGGUGAAGAUGCUCAGUGUAGUAGGGACACAAAAAUGCAAAGUAAGAGGGAAUGCAUCAAUCUGGUCAACUUUGCUGAGUCUUUGGCAUACAACAUCACCUGUGAUGUUACACGCAAGCUACAUCUUUCCUCUGUUCGGCUUCCUAAAUCUCUUACUGACUCCUGUCUUUAUAAAAAGUCUAAAUUUGAAGGCACGGCAAAUAAUAUAAUCUGGAACUACUUCUCAUGCCCUCUUUUGUCCAAGGAGAAAAAAAUGAGACAUUACCACAGUACAGGAAGCCUGUAUGACGGCAGCUACAGCAGCGGGGUGAUGCAGGUUAUUGAGCAUUAUGCUAAGAAGAUUGUGGAUGACACACUGAAAAUGAGCCUGGCAUCAAUUGGACACUCCUCAUGUGAUGACAGAAACUCUCACAUCCAGAGGUUGUCAAAGGUCCCAGUAGUGGUCCAAGCUUUGGGAACGAGGACCUGUCAUUAUUGUCAGGUACAGGAGUGUCCUUACUGCACAAAACUUAGCAGACACCAUUACCAGUCUGCAUUACAGAAAAGAUUGCGAGGGUCGAAAUCUCAUUCUGGACCUGAGCGCCUCUCUGGCGUGCAGAUUCCAAAAAUCCACAUUGAUCUGAACCACAGGGCAGCAUUUGCAGAGGAGGUGGUGUCUUUGGCAAUGGAGACAGCUAAACGAGAGUUGAGUAACACCAGCCUUAAUGCGGACAGCGGGAUUGGCCAUGAAGGGACGAGCUACGCUGAGAGCCUAUCUGCUGAAAUCAUGGCAUCAGCUCUGUCCAAUGUCUGUCAGGCUGCACACAUCAGUUCACCAGGUUGGGAAGCCUCUGAGUCUACCAUGUCUAAACAGCUGAGUGUUGGAGAUGACAGUUUGGGCAGCUGGUCUAACCUGAGCUUUGAAGAUGAUCAUCUAGAUGACAACAGCAGUUUCCUACAUCUCAGUGACAGCAGCAAUGGGAACAGCAGUAGUUGGAGCAGUUUGGGCCUGGAGGGGGAAGUGUGUGAGGAGCGCGUGUCAUUCUCCCCCUCUGACAGUGACAAUGCAGAGGACAAGGAGACUGAGGUCAAACAGGAGUCCAGUGGGACACUAUGUGUGGAUCGGACUCAACUGCAGGUCCCCAGGACCGCUCUACUCAUUGUGAACUUGGAUGUGAAGGAGUCUGGGCGUGAUCACAUGACCCUCGACCCCCAGCUUAGGAGCAUGCUGCAGUGGGUGGCUGCUUCCAUGGCCAACAUCCCUCAGAUUCAGCUGAGUGCCGACAGAAGACUCCAGCAGCUUCCAGCUGUCGUUCAGAAGCUCCGGGAAAAGAAGUGGAGGGUGGGAGAUGUGCUGCGCAUGCUGCUGCGCUACAGUGAAGAAAUGCAUCGACACCUUCCAACCAGGGAGGAGGCGCUGCAGGCGGACAGAGAACCUCACCACACCCCCCUCUUUCAGUGGCUGCUGGAGCAUGCUUAGAGCCUCGUUCUUCCUCUUGUCAUGUCACAUCCAAAGGCCUUUCUCAAAUGUCAGUCACCAGAGGGUGCUGCACCAGUCUGCACACAUCUGGCACAUUGUGCUGUCUCACAUUGCAUGCUGCGAUCGAGAACUGCCUUUAGUCGUUUAAUUUCUCUUUCCACCUCCCAUUUCAUUGUUGCAGGUUUAGAAUUUGCCUGUCUACUUUUAUCACAGGUUUAUUUAAUGAUCUGUCUUCUGCACCCACCCACACUGCUGAGCCUCACACGGUGCUCGGAAUGGUUGGAGAGACGGAGACCCACCCCAUGUCCAGUCCAGAUACACACUCAAACCAAGUAAGCUGUGUGGAGGAUUUUUUUUUUUUUUCCUAUCAGGGAAUUCCCACAGCUGCUGAGCAGAUGAUGUCAUCACAUCCACUGCUCACCUCUGUGGUGGUGUUUGAAAUGUUGAGAAACCAACAGUGUGCACACAUCACACCACACCCUUGUAUUAUCACAACUAGUUCAAGACUCUAGCCUCUCAUUUGAGCUGCACACUAGAAAAUGCUGAUGUUUGGUUUAUUCCAGAGAUGUUUCUAUGGAGGACUGAGUGUCUUUAUAUUCUGUCAACAUGUUGCCAUCGAAGAGAAGUAGAAGAUGUUAGAGAUGUAAAUACCCUGUCUGUGUUAUGCUGUCAUUUUGUGUUGGUGACAAAGUAAGCCAUAAGUUUGACUAUAUAUUAUUGAAGAGUAUUUCUGUCCAGGCUGCUCACUUAAGGCAGUAUCUGACUGGGUUGUGACUGCUGGGAGCAAGUUGGCAAACCACAUUUCCAA